AUGCUUGGCCAAGUUAUCUUCGGAGCUGAUGACGAUUUGCGGAAACAUGAAUCACAAGGUGCAUUCCCUCAUAUCAUUCGCCUGCAACGUCAAGUCUCCUUUCUUGGAGACCGAGAAGGAUUGAACGGGCUCAUGAAGCACGUUGGAGAUGAGGAAGUCAACUGCCAAUUCCUAGGAUGUCUUUGGGAUGAUCGAGUGGCAGAGUACCAUCCCUACAAACCUUUUUCAGACUGGCCGAACGUCGAUGAUGACAACUUCAAGGACCUUAUCCGGAGAAUGACGAACUUGGAUCCUCGGAAGCGUGCAACAGCGCGUGAAGUGUUGGCGCAUUCCUGGUUUGCUGAUUGCGACAUUGAUUAA